AUGGCUAAGGAUGAUGUUCCGCAAAAGGCGGCGCCUUCGCAGCUAAUCUCUAAGAAAUCUCCCGCGCAGGAGCCGCAGAAGAAGAUGAGUCCAGGCGAGGAGAUGGAGAGCGAGUGGCAGCAGAUAGUGGACUAUUACGACCCGGCCAAUGUGGAGAAGCGCGCGGAGGAGGCGAGGAAGAAGGAGCUGCAGGCUCUUCAGUCCGCCAUGGAGGCGAAUCGUGAGCAGGAACAGAUUCUGGAGGAGUUCUACGGCAUCAAGCCGCGGCCGAAGCAGUCGCUGGAGGAGCUCGAGGCGGCGGCGGCGGAGGUGGCGGAGGACGAGGAGUGGAACUUCCCGCAGGACCCGGACAAGUGGACGGAGGCGGAUCUGGGCGAGGAGUGGGCGGACGCGCCCGCUGACGCCAAGGUGCCGUUCUACGACCCGCUCCUCGGGCUCUCCGCGCUCGAUGCCGCCGAUGACGACGCCGACGCUGACGACGGCCGGCGCAGGCGCAAGGCUCCGCGCAAGCAGCAGCGCGCGAAGCUGCCGCACUCGGAGGACCGGUUUGUGCCGUACCGGCAGGGGCUGCCGCCCGUGAACGAGAUGGACGACGGCAGCUCGGGCGCGCUGAAGGCGCUGGAGGAGCUGGAGAUGGAGGAGGAGUUCCUCCAGUGGGCCUCCUACGUCUUCCGCGACGGCGCCUCGUACGAGGGCACGGUGUGGAACGACAUGGCGCAGGGCAAGGGAGUCUACACCACGCCCCUCGAGCUCUGCAAGUACGAGGGCGAGUGGGUGCAGAACAUGAUGCAGGGCCAUGGCGUCGUCUCCGUUGACGUCCCUGCGCGCCUCCCGCCGCCAGACUCCGAGGCGUGGCGGAAGCUGAAGGCGGAGGGGAGGGUGUUUGAGGACGAGGAGAUGAGCGCGGAGGACAGGGAGUGGCUGCGCAUGGACCUCGAGGACCUCUCCACCCAGGAGACGGACGCCAAGAAGGCUCAGGGGGGCGCGGAGGGCGCGGGGGCGGUGGAGGACCCCACGGACGCCGUGCCCUUUGAGGACCACCCCGGCUGGCUCAAGGUCUUCGGCCGCAAGCCGGAGAAGGGGCACUACGAGUACGCGGGGCAGAUGAAGCAGAACAAGUUCCAUGGCUGCGGUGUCUUCACCCUCAACGGCAAAAUGCACUUCGGCAAGUUCCGCUUUGGCGAGUUUCUGCGCAACAAGGACGAGUGCGACGCACACACCUCCGGGUUCCAUGCGGGCAUGGCGCGAGUGGCAGCAGCCAAGGCGCGCAUGUUCGUCAACAAGCCCGAUGGCAUGGUGCGCGAGGUGAAGGGGCCGUACAACGAGCCAUCUCACCCAUACCUGUAUGACGAGGACGACAUGUGGCAGGCGCCCAUCCCGUGUCGCUCUAACCCCAAAACCCGUGUACCACUUUCCUGUCUCUCCUCCCUUCUCUGCGCAGUGGUGCGGGAGGUGAAGGGCCCAUACAACGAGCCGUCACACCCGUACCUGUACGACGACGAUGACAUGUGGCAGGCGCCGGGGUUCAUCCACGAGUUCCAUGCCGUGCCCGCCGUGUGGCGCAAGUACGCCGACGAGGUGGACGGCGAGCGCCAGCUGUGGCUCAACUCCUUCAAGAAGGCGCCGCUGCGCCUCCCCUCGCCCUCCGAACUCUCCUACCUCUGGGACCAGAAGGAGGAGUUUGUGGUGCUGCGCAACUCGCCACGGCUGCCGGAGCGGGUGGGGGAGAGUGCGGAGGAGGCGGAGAUGAGGCGGGCGGACAUGCAGGGGCAGGUGCUGGUGCACGUGCCGUCGCGGCAGAUCAUCAACUGGACCACGGACGACGAGGGCAAGCUGCGCCUCUUCGUGCAGCCCUUCACCAAGGACGGCAAGGUGGACCCAUCCAAGGCGCGCCCACUGCCACUGGGCUUUGACGAGUUCAUCAAGGGCGAGGAGAUGGAGCAGGAGGAGGAGGACGAGGAGGAGCAGGAGGAGAGUGAGGAGGCGUGGCGCCUCAAGACCCCCGAGCAGCUGCAGCGCGAUGCAGAGCGCCGCCGGGCCAAGGCCGCGGAGGCGAGGCGGCGCCGCGUGGCGCGGUGGGAGCGGACUCUGCGCAACCGGGUGGCUGGGCGGAGGGAGCAGCGCGAGGAGGAGUGGGCGCGGCAGGAUGCGGAGGAGGAGGAGCUGCGGCGGCUGGAGGAGGAGGAGUGGCAGCGCGAGGGCGACCUCAUGGAUGCCGAGUUUGAGGCCCGGCUCGAUGCUGCCGAGGGGAUCCUGCCCCCGGGGGAGGAGGAGGAGGAAGAGGGGAUGGAGGGGACGGAGGGAGCGGAGCAGGGAGAGGGGGAGGAAGCGGCUGGCAAAGGGGUGGUGAAGGGCGGUGCUGCAUCUGGGAAGGCUGCCGGCGUCAAGGCUGCUGGUGGUGCCUCUGGGGCGGGAGAGGAGGAGGAGGGGUCGGAGAGCGAGAGUGAGGGUGAGAGUGAUGAUGAGGAUGACGAUGAGGAGGAGAGGAAGCCACGGAGCUUUGGAACGGUGGCCAUGGCGGUGGGAGGGAGCGAGGGCAGGGAGGAGGGCAGCGCAGGGGAGGGGUGGCUAAGGGGGCCGGCUGCAGCAGGCAGCACCACGGUGUUCGCCUCCAUCUCGCUUUCCUCUCAGGUACCCUCCCCCUCCCUGCCUCCCGCACUGGCACUAACGGUGCGCAUGCCUGCCGUGCUGCCUCUCACGCCGUGCCUGCGUGCGUCAGCCCUGUCCUCUGCUGCACGCCGCGCACCCGUUGCUAAGAGCGGCUCACGUGGUGCUGCUAGAACCACCCACGCCCGCCAGGAGCAGCACCCCCAGGAGCUUGCGGUGGUGGGGGCCAUUCUCUCCCUUGCUCUGCCACUGCCUGCCACUCCCUCCCUUGCCUAG